AGUUCAUCUCACGGCUCUUGCAGGUUGAUUACGCGCGUCGUCUCAAUUUUUGCAGGAAGCAGUUGAGAGAAAGAAGGAUAGAGUUGCAAGCGGUCACUGCAUUGACUUUGGACGAUGGUGCAUGUUCCGUUUUACCGCAACUAUGGGAAGACGUUCAAGAAGCCCCGCCGUCCUUAUGAGAAGGAGCGAUUGGAUGCUGAGUUGAAGCUUGUUGGAGAAUAUGGUCUUCGAUGCAAAAGGGAGCUUUGGAGGGUGCAGUAUGCUCUCAGCUGCAUUCGUAAUGCUGCAAGAAUGCUUCUUACUCUUGAAGAGAAGGACCCACGUAGGAUAUUCGAGGGUGAAGCACUUAUGAGGAGGAUGAACAGGUACGGGCUGUUGGAUGAGAGCCAGAACAAGCUGGAUUACGUGCUGGCCCUGACUGUCGAGAACUUUCUUGAACGUCGCCUCCAAACACUGGUGUUCAAAACUGGUAUGGCCAAAUCUAUCCACCAUGCCAGAGUGCUCAUCAAGCAGAGGCACAUCAGGGUAGGAAGGCAAGUAGUGAACGUUCCAUCGUUCAUGGUGAGAGUAGACUCACAGAAGCACAUUGAUUUCUCUCUUACAAGUCCGUUUGGAGGUGGGCGACCUGGCAGAGUGAAGCGAAAGAACCAGAAAGCCGCCGCAAAGAAGGCAUCAGGUGGGGACGCUGAUGAAGAUGACGAAGAAUGAGGUUAGUCAGUCAUCUUCUACAUUCGUUAUUUAAUCUUUUCCAGUUCUUUAUCAUAUGAAAAUUUGAACUUAUAUCGCAUAUAUAAGAGUAGGGUAGUCGAUUAUGCAUCAAGGUCUUGAAGUGUUAUGUAAUUCGGGUAAACAUGAGAUAACGGAUUCAUGCGCUUUCUGGUUUACUAGAAAACUUGACGGAUCAACUACACUUGCAUGUUUGGUUGAACCAUGGAAUAAGAAAAGAGAAAUUGAC